CAAAAAGUCAGGGGAACGGAUCACAGUGGUCCAAGAAAAGGGUUGAGGGUUGACCGACCAUACUGAAAGGCACAUCAUGAAUUGGGCCUUUCUCCAAGGCCUCCUGAACGGAGUCAACAAGUACUCCACCGUCUUCGGCCGCAUAUGGCUCUCCGUGGUGUUCAUCUUCAGGCUCAUGGUUUUCGUUGUGGCUGCUGAGAAGGUGUGGGGCGACGACCAGAAGGAUUUCGACUGCAACACGAGGCAGCCCGGCUGCCACAACGUCUGCUACGACAACUUCUUCCCCAUCUCCCACACCCGCCUCUGGGCUCUGCAGCUCAUCUUCGUCACAUGCCCAUCAUUGCUGGUCGUGCUGCAUGUGGCCUACCGGGAGGAGCGCGAGCGCAAACACCGGCUGAAGUACGGCGAGGACUGCAAGCCGCUCUACGACAACACGGGAAAGAAGCGCGGAGGUCUGUGGUGGACCUACUUCCUCAGCUUGCUGUUCAAGAUGCUGGUGGAGGCCGUGUUUGUCUUCCUGCUCUUCUACAUUUACGAAGCCCCCUUCUUCCCGCCGCUUGUCAAAUGUGAUGAAUCCCCGUGUCCCAACGUGGUGGACUGCUACAUCGCCAGACCUACAGAGAAGAAGGUCUUCACCGUGUUCAUGGUGGUGACCAGCUUUGUGUGCAUUCUGCUCACUAUUUGCGAGGUAUUUUAUCUCUGUGGUAAGAGGUUCUGGGAGUGCUGUCGUGAACAACAGCACCCCGGUCGACACAACGGCAACUCCUUCGUCAUGGCCAAAAUCCCCCAGACCAGAAGUGUUAACUCCGUCUACAAAGAGCCUCUCACAUCAGAGAAGAUGACGAUGGUGGAUGGUAAAGGCCCAACGACUCCGGAGAGUUCUGCACCGGCGUACAGUCUGGCCAUCUCUUGAACAACAUACAAUUGUAAAAAAUAAUUAAACCAAAAAGGUUUGAAUAGAUGAUGGAAGGGUCAUGUUAGAGAGGAUGUUUUUUCUUAUACAGUACAUAUUUUGUUAGCCUGGCAACAUGACAAUGUGCACGUUUACUGAAAGCAAUUGCAAUAUGAAGAAAACUAAUUGUAUUACUAGCAAUAAUUCAACUAUUUAAUGGUGGCUCUUUGGUUUUGGAAAAGUUGAACAAAACAACUUUUCCAAAAAGGGUUUACAAUAUCUGUUUUCUUUAAGUACAGAAGGUCCCCCAAUUUUAUCCAAAUAAGUUUUUAUAUCAUAUAUAUAUAUAUAUAUUUGAUGCUUGUAUUAUUUAUUUGUAACAUACCUGAUUAUGGUUGCACAAUAAAACGUUUCAAAUAAAAGCAGA